CCGGAAUCAAAAGAAUGUUUACAUUCACAACAACAACUUGUCUUUAAUUUUAUUUUUAAAGUCCCACAGAAUGUCAACUGUCGACGAAAAGCAGGAGCCCCCUUCUGAGCAGCUAAGUCAUGGAAAUGAGAAGUGGUUGAAUGCUUACUAUGAUCCAGUGGCAUCUCUAUAUACCUUAACACAAUGUGUUGCCUUAUCAGAUAUACAAGCUGAUGGUGAUUGGAAACUUGUGAUUGCUGAUUUGGGAACUGGAUCCUAUGACAUGAAAUUGAAAGUUUAUAAAGGCACAAAUGUGAUGAGUGAAAAUGCAAUCAUAGAUUUACCCACUGGUGUUGUGACAUUUUAUAUGGAUGUGAAUGAACCAAGAACUCCAGCUGUAGCAGUAGCCUCAGGACCCUACAUUUAUAUUUACAAGAAUCUCCAUCCAUAUUUCAAGUUUACCUUGCCAACACUAGAUGUAAAUCCUGUAGAAUUAGACCUCUGGAACCAAGUGAAAGAGGAAAAGAUAAACAUUUUUGUUCUUAGAGAAAUGUUAGAAGGCAUGAGAGCGGAAGGUGCUGUUUUGACUGUGAGAUCCUUACGAUUUCUCCAGCUACAGGAUGUUCCUGAUUGUGAAGCUUUUGCCAACAUGUAUAAACAUACACCUCUUAGAAGACAGACUGUUAUCACAUGUUUAGCUACAAUGAAGAAAUCUCUAGCAGAUGAAGAUGCCAUUAGUUGUUUAGUUAUAGGUACAGAAAGUAAAUCAAUAUAUGUACUGGACCCUGAAGCUUUCACAGUCCUUACUACUAUCGAUCUACCAAGUGUACCUGUGUUCCUUAGCGUGACUGGUUUAUAUGAUGUAGAAUACAGAAUUGUUGUGGCUUGUAGAAACGGUUGUAUAUACACCCUGAAAAGCAAUUAUAAUUUGAAGAGGGGAAGUUCAGACUACUUAAAACAUUGUAUAGAGCUGAACUCACAGCCUGUUGGCUUAGAAAGAAUAAACAAAACAAUAUAUGUAGGAACUAUGGAUGAAACAAUGCACUGCUUCACAUCUAAGGGUAAGAAGGUUUGGACUGUUAAGUUACCAGCUAGUAUUACUACAAUGGAAACAAUGGAUUAUCCAUCUAAAGGAUUUAAAGGAGUCAUUCUAGCUCUGAAUAACUGUCAGGUCCAUCUGUACAAGGAGAAGUAUUUGGUGAAUAUUAUUAGUACAGAAGAUAUUGUCACUGGUCUGAAGUUUGGUAGAUUUGGCAGAGAAGAUGCCACAUUGGUAAUGACCACAAGAGGAGGAGGAUUACUAAUAAAGAUCUUGAAGAGAAAUGCAACAUUUGAAGAAAAAGAUAUAUCAGCAGGACCUCCAGCAGCACAGAAUACAAAGCUAAAUGUUCCAAAGAAAACUAAACUAUUUGUAGAUCAGACAAUGAGAGAGAGGGAAAAUGCUGUGUCAAUGCACAGAACAUUUCAGAGAGAUUUAUACUUAUUAAGAUUGAAUACAGCUAGAGAAUAUGCCAAGUCAUUAGAGAAUAGCAUGAACCCUAUAUCAUCUGAUCCUAUGGAGCCACUUAAACUAAAUGCCACAGUGCAAGGAAUUGGUCCAACAUUUAAGCUGACAGUAAACUUACAGAAUACUUCAUUAAAUCAAGCAUCAUCCAAUCUAAUCAUCACAUUCCAGUAUGAUGAAAAGUUAUAUGUGUUCAAGAAAGCUUACCUACAGGUCCCAAUGUUAGUUCCAGGUUUGAACUAUGCCUUUGACACACUUGUUGAAUGUCAGAGUGAUAAAGGAAUAUCUGAUAAUGUAAAGGUGUUUGUUUUAAAAGAAGGAAAGAGUAUACCCAUUAUAACAGGAGUAAUAAGUAUGCCAGUUAGUGAAUCAUUAGUUGUUGUGUAGUUUACACAUGUAUUGAAAUUUGGACCAAUGAAGUAACAUGGAGAUCUUUAGACAUCAGUGACAUGCCAUUUGUUUUACAUUGGUGAACUUUGAAAAAAAAAACUGAGACAUGUGAUAUGCAAGAACUACAGUAUGAAUCAGGAAAAUUCAGCUGACAAUAAUUGUCCAGACAGAAUCUCUAGUUUAAAAUUAUAAUUUGAAAAAAAAGCUAGUUUUCUUUGUUGAUAAAUUAUUUGUAACUUUUUGGUUAUAUUGAUUGAUAUAACUAGAAUUGUUGGGAGAAAUUUUUUAAAAUAUUUAUCAUCCCACUUAUUGAAGUCCGUGUUUACAGGAUGAUUGUGUCUGUUUCAUUGUAGUAAGUCCAUUCCCUUUUGUAUUUGCAAUUCUUCCUAUAUCAGGUUUUCUGGAUUUCUAGGAAACUUUCUGAAAAUUUUCAGUACCUAAUUUCUCAAAAAAUCAUUGGACUAUACCAUAUCUACACAAAUGGGGAUAUGGAACUAUUUGUUAGCUCUGCUCAGAAUAUUUUUAGUUAUACUAGUUUCAUUGGUAAUGACAUCAGAGAAUCAUUUAAAACUUGUCUUAACAUUUACAUGCAAUUGCAUCCCAGCUGUGUAAAGGCAAAGUUUUUAAAGUUAACGUUAUUUUUUGAGCCAAAUUGUGAAAAUGUUAUAAUUUUGUACAUUCUUGACUGAUAGGAAAUUUUUAUGUUGACUAUAUAUUUGGCCUUAUUAACUUUUUUGAUUCGAGCAUCACUGAUGAGUCUUUUGUUGAUGAAACAAGCGUCUGGCACACAAAAUUCAAAAGUCUGUUAUUGUAUAUUCACAAUUAAAUGUUUAUGAAUGAAAGAAGAUGUUAGGUAAUGAGACAGCAACCCAAAGUUUGCAUUUAUAAGUUGAAUCUUUUACAGCUGACAAUAAUGUGAGAUCACAGUGACUGGAUUCCAAAAUUACUUUACUUUUAUGAUAGAAUACAAAUUUAAUGAUCGAUGUGGAAUUCAAAUCUGAUGAGGAUUAUAAGAUUUAGUAUGCUUUCAUUUAAAAUUUUACACACUAACAUUGAUGACUAGACUGUGGUUCUCCUACAACAGUUUGGUCAAAUUUCAGACCAGUUGAAACAAUUGAUUUGAUGAAACAAAUUGAUAUUGGAUCAGUUUUUUAAAUGAAUUUUUAUAGGCGGAGAGUUACUAACACUUGUCAUCAAGUCACAACAAAAUUAUUGUGAUUCAUGUAUAUUUUGUAUUAGAAUAUUACUCAGGUACUGGUACUAUUAAGAAUUAAUUACAAGUUUUAAACUGUUGCAAGCUUCAUACUAUUACAUAAAUAGAGACAAUGAUGAGGAUCUUAUUAAUUUCAGAUUCAUGGUAUCUGACUAUUCACAUACACAAGAAAGUGCUAUAUCUUGUAAUUUUAACUGUAUUAUGCCCCUUUGUAUUAAGCAAUUUUUGUUUCAUCUCUAAAAAUUUGUAACUUUACAUUAAGACUUCACAUGAAGAGCAAAUGUUAAACUAAUAGUUUUUCUUUUGUUUGGUAGAUUAAUAUAUAUGUUUUAUUUGUGCAUACAAUAUCUGUGAUAAUUAAUAAAUGAUUUUCAAAAGA